AUGUCGGAAGUUGACAACAAACCCUCAAGCCCGAUGGGUCAGGAAGAAGACAACAAGGCUGCCACAGGCAAGACUCGUGAUGCCGGCCCUGACGUCCAAGAAGCUGCACCGCCUAAACCCGGUCUGUUGAAGAAAAUACAGACAAAAUUGAAUCUCGAUGUCCCCACGCUUUUAUUAAUGCUCAAGGGAGGACUGCCUCCAGCCAUUGCGCUUGCAGCUUAUCAGAGUGAUAAGUGGGCCAAAACAUACUCAACCUUGGGAUACCUGAUUGCAAUCACGUCUUUUCUAUCUCUUCCAAUCCUUCCGCGGGCAAAGUUUGUCCAGUCCAUGAUAAUUUCCAUCAUCACGGUUUGUUUUGCUGCCGCCGUUUCCUUGCUCACGAUACAAUGCGCCGUUUCUGCACGCCAACAAACAGUCCAAAGACCCAACUCCACCACCACCGGCUCCUCCGGUAGCAAGCAAAGUCUGGAAUACAGUGCGGCAGCUAAUGUUACGGCCGCCGUUUGGUUGUUCUUCUGGCUAUGGGUCGCGAAUACAGUGCGGGCCGCCCGUCCCCAGCUCCUCAUCGUCUCUAUUCAAUUUACCAUCUUUGUGGUUGUGGCUUCCACCUACACUCCGACAUUUCCGAACAUGACAGCCGGUAUGGGAUUUGUGGAUCGGCUGUUGAAGGUGUUUCUGACUGGAUAUGCUUUGGCGACUGCUGUCUCUCUCUUCAUAAUACCCUUCUCUUCGAGGCUGAUCGCCAAAAAACAAAUGGCCGGCUUGCUCAACCUGAUGAAAGCCGCCCUUUCCGUCCACACAGCGUAUUUACACGGCAUUACCAACUCUCAAGUCGGCACCCCUGGGCUGCUAGACGAGAAUGGCAAACCACUGCCGUUACAUGAAAACCCUGAGGCACGCGUGUCCGUGAAGGCCGCUGAAGAGGCGGCUCAAAAGCUGAAAGUAACAAUCCAAAAAGCUACACAAUUGUUUGGGCAGUUGAAACUCGAGAUCGGCUUCGCUAAGAAAGAGAUCGGAUGGGGCAAAUUACAACCAGAAGACUUCGGCCACAUUUGGGGACAACUGCAGAACAUCCUCCUUCCUGUCGCAGGGCUGUCGACAUUUGUAGACAUCCUCCAAUCCGUGAAACGCCACAAAGCUGCAGGAGAAAAUUUGAUUUCCGAUUUGGAUGCCCUUGAAGCUAUCAAACGACUUGAGGCGGAGGAAUGGCAAGAAGUUGUCGUCAUGUCACGCAUUCCAUUUUGGAAAGUGAAGACCAGUCUGAUGGACGGUCUGACCCAUGUUGCUUAUGUGUUGGAACUCACGCCUCGGCCGAAGACUCCUAAGAAAGACAUCGAGACCGCUGCGGAGACAUCUCCAGCCCCAGGAGACCCUGCCUUUGCGCAGUACUUAAAGGGCCAGAUUUCUGAUUUCCAAGAGCACCGGCAAGAGACCAUGCGAAAAUGGUGCGAGAAAAAAGGUAUAGAAGUACCUUCGAAAUUUUGGGAAGACGCAUCCUCUCAAUACAAUUUUGAGCACGCGAGCUCUGUCGAGGAGGCCGUUCGACAAAAACAGAACCACCAACAACUGUAUCUGAUCCUAUAUCUCGAGUAUCUCCUGUUCGCCGUCUGUCACGCUGUGAUGGAUUUCGUUCUGUUCGCUGACUCAAAAGUGCAAGACGGCACCAUGAGAAAGAACAAACUGAUCUUUCCUGGGUGGAGACGGAUUCGCAAGUUGUUGCAGAAUGCAUUCAUGCAAAUGGACGCCAGCGAAGGGCUUCAAGAUGGACCGGCGUCAGGCAUCUACAUAUGGGUAGGAGACUCUCUUCAGAAACACAAGGAUCCAGAACAUCUGCCGCCGACGACCCUGUACCAGCGAGUGACAAACCAUCUCAGAUCUGUCCCGAAAUUCCUGGCCUCGGAUGCUUCGCAUUUUGGUUUCCGGGCGGCAGUUGCCAGUAUCAGUCUAGCAAUCAUUGGCUACCUCCGCCAGACCCAUGCAUUCUAUCUGGCUCAACGUGGAAUCUGGGCCGUCAUCAUGGUCGCUAUCAGUAUGGGUGCGCACGCCGGAGCCGGUGUCCAGGGAUUCAUCCUUCGUAUCGUGGGCACCGCGAUUUCGAUGGUCGUUUCAAUCACGGUCUGGUACAUGGGUGACCAGAAACCUGCUGCCAUCAUUCCGCUGAUCUAUCUGGUGUUCGUGUGCGGCAUCUAUGUGAUACUGAAACAUCCCAAACAGCUCAUCACAGCCGUCAUCUCAAUUGUCACGACCAUUUUGAUUAUCGGUUACGAACUUCAAGAUAAAAAGGUCGGCACAAAGGUCCUCAGCAGUAACGGACAGGAGUUCUACCAUGUCUACCUUCUCGCUCCAUACCGGCUGGUCAGCGUUGUGGCAGGCCUGGGUGUUGCGUUUUUCUGGACUUACUUCCCAUAUCCCAUCACCACGCACGCGACUCUCCGCAAAGACCUUGGCACAACCCUAUACCUGAUGGCAAACUAUUACUCGUGCAUGCACUCCACGGUCGAAAUGCACCUUCGCACCAGUCCCGACCUCGCCAUGGACAAGAAAAACAACCCCAUGCGCAAGCUGAGCAAGGCGCGCCGGAAGGUGUUUGACAAACUGAUCGUCAUGUUGAACCGGCUUCGCGAACACAGCCAGUUCCUCAAGUACGAACCUACCUUCGGUGGGAAGUUCCCCAAGGAGACCUACGACGAAUUGAUCGUGCACAUGCAAUCCCUCUUCAACUACAUGGCGCUCACGGCGUACUCGAGCAACGCCUUUUCGAGCGAGAGCGAGGAGUCCGAGUGGUUGAAGCUAUUCAAGCGGGUGACGGCGAAUUCGACAAUCACCUCGCACGCCCUCACCUCGACCCUGUGUCUGGUUUCCGCCAGCAUCACAAACUCCCAACCCCUGCCCCCUUAUAUCAGCGUGGCGCGCCCCAUCGACAUUGCGGGCCAACUAGCCGCGAUCGACCCGGGCAUCCUCAGCAUCAAGCACAUCAAGGAGCCGUGCUACGCCGCCUUCGCCGUCUUGGAGAUCGCAAGCAUCCUCAUCAUGCAGGAGACGUGCGCCGUCCUCGCAAAGGUCCGCGAGCUGGUCGGCGAGGUCGACUUCUCGGUCCAUUUUGGCCAGCCCGGCUCCAUCGCCCAGAGCGACUCUACCUUGGACGAGAAAAGGGAUGACUUUGCGAAUGGUGACGACUCGGGGAGGAAGGGAAAGGUUGAUUAA